AACAACGCGUCUCUCUCUUGAAUGUCCUCCUCCACAGGAACGAAAACAGCUGAGCAGCCAUAUGAACUCCCCUGGGUCGAGAAAUAUCGACCUGUUGUUUUGGACGAUGUUGUCGGGAAUGCAGACACCAUUGAUCGAUUGAAGGUCAUUGCGAAAGACGGAAACUGUCCUCACAUCAUCAUAUCCGGUAUGCCAGGCAUCGGCAAAACGACCAGUAUACAUUGUCUGGCGCAUCAGCUACUGGGCGACGCAUAUAAAGAGGGUGUUCUAGAACUGAACGCGUCUGACGAGCGUGGAAUAGACGUCGUUCGAAACAAAAUCAAGACGUUUGCACAAAAGAAGGUCACACUCCCUAAGGGCCGACAUAAGAUUGUGAUCUUAGACGAAGCUGAUAGCAUGACUGCGGGCGCUCAGCAAGCGUUGAGGCGGACGAUGGAAAUCUACUCCAACACGACGCGAUUUUGUUUAGCAUGUAACAUGAGCAACAAGAUCAUCGAACCCAUACAAAGCCGUUGCGCUAUUUUGAGGUAUGCGAAGCUCCGAGACCAGGAGAUUCUGAAGCGGUUGCUGGAGAUUUGUGACAUGGAGAAGGUGGAAUACAACGACGAUGGGCUGACGGCACUCAUCUUCACGUCUGAGGGGGAUAUGCGGCAGGCGAUCAACAACCUUCAGUCGACUCACUCCGGAUUCGGAUUCGUUUCGGGCGACAACGUCUUCAAAGUGUGCGACCAGCCCCAUCCCAUCAUCGUACAGACGACAAUUCGAGCGUGCAUGAAGGGCGAUAUCGAUACAGCGAUGGAGAAGCUCAAUGAGCUCUGGUCACAAGGCUACAGCGCUGUUGAUAUCGUGGUGACUGUUUUCCGAGUGGUCAAGACAUUCGAUGAGAUGCCUGAAUAUACCAAGCUGGAGUAUAUCAAGGAGAUCGGGUUCACACACAUGCGAAUUCUCGAAGGAGUCGGGACACUUUUACAGUUAUCUGGUUUGGUGGCGCGCUUAUGCAAAAUGAAUUUAAAACCAGAACUCUUUGUUAUAGACUGAAGCAAUCUGUUUUCACCCGCGUGUGGUUCGCGUGACACUCAGUGCACGUGCAUGUGACGACCGCGCUCUUUUCUCAAAUCAUCCAUGACUAAUCUAAUGUAAUAGAGCUGUUCAGCAGUCGUUUCAAACACGAUUUUUAGCUAGUAGUUUGUAAAAUAUGAGUGGAGCUUAGGAAAAUCUGAGUUGCAAACAAUACCGGAUGAACGCCGGGAACUCCGUUACCAUGAUCAUGUGAUGAGCCGAGCCGCCAAACCACCACUUCAUUUUCUGUCCUCAUCUGAACUCAAACUCCAUGGCGGAGGAUGCCAUCUUUCCUCACUAACACUGUAAAUUGAACCCUCGCGGUUGUUCUCG